AUGAUCAGCCCUCGCUUCGCCAGCAUCUCAGACUACGAAGAAGUGAUGCAGUUCAACGUCCUCCCGAAGCUAACUAUUCCACUCCCGAGUGAAGAGGUCGAAAUUAGCCAGUGGAAUCUACCAGAGGAUAUGGUGUCUUCCGUUCCCAAAACGUCUACAACGCUGUGUUCAAUGACUGAACUUCAAGAACAGCUGACUCGUUUUUGGGAGCUCGAGAGUUGUCACGUCAAGAGCACGUAUUCCGUGGAAGAGUCUACAUGCGAGGAGAUCUUCAAGCAGACCACUGUUCGUGACGACGAUGGUCGUUUUGUGGUGUCGCUGCCCAAGAAGGAGCACAUCAUUGAACGCUUGGGAGAUUCAAGGCGUAGCGCUGAGAAACGAUUUGCAAGCUUGGAGAAGCGAUUCGUUACCAAUCCGCAGUUGAAGGAGCUGUACUGCGAGUUCAUGGAGGAGUAUUUGUCGAUGGGCCACAUGAAGAAGGUACGAGAAGAAGAUCUGUCAGAGUCAGCGUGCUAUUUCCUGCCGCACCAUGCCGUGUUGAAACCGGAUAGCACGACAACGAAACUGCGCGUUGUAUUCGAUGCUUCGUGCAAAACUACAUCGGGAUUCUCGCUCAACGAUGGGUUAAUGGUUGGCCCUGUAGUCCAGGAUGAUUUAGGAUGA